AUGCAUGCAACAAAUUAUAAAGACAGCAGAACAUUCAGGACAGGACCCCCACACCCAGCAGCAGCAGCAGCAACAGCAGCAACAGCAGCAACAGCAGCAACAACAACAGCAGCAGCAGCAGCAGCACAAGGUAGCCGCAGCAGAUGGAGAGAAAGAAGAAUAGGAGGAGAAGCAGCAAGAAAAUCUGAGCAAUCUUUUGCUGCUGAGGAUAUCCUUAGGAACUGCAGCAGCAGCAGCAACAGCAGCAGCAGCAGCAAUCAUAGCAGCAGCAGCAACAAUCAUAAUAACAGUAGCAGCAGCAGCAACAGCAGCAACAGUGGAAGGGCAAGCACAACAAGAAAACAUAAUCAACAACAAGCUGCUGCUCAAGGCAGCAACAGCAGCAGCAACAGCAGCAGCAGCAGCAGCAGCAACAGCAGCAACAAUGCCACUCCUCCUCGUGGCCUUCCUGCUGCAGGACAAAACCGUCAGUCUGCAGCAGCAGCAGCAGCAAGCAACAAGGGGACAACAACAGACUUCAGCAACCAUAGCAGCAACAGCAGCAGCAGCAACAGCAGCAGCAGCAGCAGCAAACAGGAAGGCAUCCCUAUGAGCAGCAGCAAACGGUCAGAUGUUAGCAGCAAGACAAACAAACAAGAAAGGCAGAGACAUGCAGCAGCAGCAGCAGCAGCAACAGCAGCAGCAGCACAAACAGUUGCUGCUGCUGCUGCUGCUAAAGACGGCAGGUGGAGAGCAGGAGAUAUACCACCGCAGCAGCAGCAGCAGCAGCUACAGCAGCAGCAGCACAAGCAGCAGCAGCAGCAGCAGCAGCAGCAAUCUGUAAGCCAAUGCGGAGGAGAUAUCUUCUGGGCAGUUGAAGCAGCAACAGCAGCAGCACAGCAGCAGCAGCAGCAGCUACAGCAGGAGCAGCAGCAGCAGCAAGCAGCAGCAGUUGAUCAAUGGGCUACCUCUCCGUCUUUUGCAGUUGCUAGAAGUAGACAGAGCAGCAGCAGCAGCAGCAGCAGCAGCAGCAGCACCAGCAGCAGCUGCUGCUCCUCUAUAGCAGCAGAUGCAGCAGCAGCAGUAACAUCAUCUACUAUGUGCAUGAGCUUGAGUACUCAAGAGGCAGCAGCAAAAGCAGCAGCAGCAGCAGCAACUGCAGCAACAGCAGCAGCAGCAGCAGCUGCUGCUGUGGACUGUAUGGGGGGUUUGCAUGUACCUCUAAGGGAGAGCGAAGAAGCAGAAGCAGCAGCAGCAGCAUCAGCAGCAGCAGCAGCAGCAGCAGCAGCAGCAGGUGACAUGUCUUUAUAUGCAGGAAGAGGGGAACAAAAAGGUAUAUGUCUUGCUGCAGCAGGUGCAGCAGGUUUGCUGCUGCAGCAGCUUCCUGCUGCUGCAGUCAGCAGCAGCAGCAUAUCUACUGUCUUCUCAGCAGCAACAGCAAGCGAUAGCUGCAGGGAGAGAGGAGAGCAGCUAGAUGCAGCAGCAGCAGCAGCAGACAGUAAAUGCAGCAGCAGCAGCAGCAGCAGCAACAAGGAGCAGCAGCAGCAGCAAGAUCAGCAGCAAGGCCUAGAGGGGCAACUGCAGCAGCAGCAGCAGCAGCAGCAGCAGCAGCAGCAGCAAAAGAGGGAGAAAUAG